GUGGUGCUGCUGCUGGUGUAGACCAGUGACGCCGCUUGGACGCUGUGCUUAACAGCCGACUCGGCUCAUUGCGCGUCCAAACAUCGCGGCGUGCAGUUCGCCUCUUGGAUUCAACCGCAACUGUUUUUUCAUACUCGUAUUUCUUUAUUUCACGCUGCGUUGUAUCGCUUAGUUCAGUUCAUUUCAACUCGCUUAUUUGACAGCUGACAAUGUUUGUCGGUUGUGCGCGCAAGACCGCGUAAUUCAAGUGUCAACGUCGUUUAAAAAAAUUGGUGCUAUUUUUUUUUUCUUGCUGUUUCAAGACACAUUAAUGUGCAAAAUUGUUUAAUUGUGGAUUACUUAACGGCAUAUCAAUUAUGGCAGUGAAUGGCAGUAGAUGAGCGACUUCAUUAAGCGAUUAUUACAAAGUAUGUAAUAAAAUCAAUUGAAACAAGUCUAAUAAGUUGAAUAAGCGAGGCGACUGAAACAGCAACAAGCUGAGCUGCUUACAAACAAGUACAUAACUAAAAAAGUACACACAUAGUAAGAAAAAGUAAUAGAAACAACACUUAAUUGUGUGGUGGAAAAAAGUGAUCUACAGUGAUCUUAAAAGUGCACGCUUUGUGAAAUAGAAAAUCACAUUGAAGUGAUUUUUAUUUUUUUUCUAAUCAGUGAAAUUGUGUGAAACAAACGAGUGAUUAAAUUCUGCAGCCGCCGACUGUUGCAUUGCUUGUUGCAUCGCCUCCAAAAGAGUUCCAUUUGCAUUUUUAAUUCAAAGUUAACGAGCGCGCGCGCGCCAUCACUAAGUGAAAAUGGCCACCACAAUGCAACAUGCUGCACCACGACCACCACCAACAGCAUCCGCUACUUCGCCAACCUCUGCUGUGACUGCAAAUGGUUCAACAAAUCCCCAACUCAAACGCAUUGUCUACUCAAAAUAUCGCGAACUUUUGGGUUCAUACAACGGCAAGGCGAAUGCAAUUAUUGAAACGCUGCCCGCUUAUAUGGUGCGGGAGGAUCGUGGCUUUCAUUGUGAGCCCAAUAACAACAAUGCGCCAGUAGAACCCGUGGCAACGGCGACAGCAGCAAGAGCGGCAAAAGCAAUUAUAUCGCUGCCAGCAAUGGCAACAACAACUGCGCCUCAGUCAGCAACGGCUGCGCGAACAACGGCAGUGACCGUAGCCGAAGCAGCAACAUCGGCAGCGCCACCCACUAAUGGAACCUGUACAACGGCUGCGCUGCUGCGUCAAGUUGCUGCUGCGGCGGCGGCUGCUGCAGCGGCACAGGGUGAUCGUGUGAGCGAAUUGUACGGCGGCUCCGCAGCACAACGGGGCUAUGAGGCACCCGCUUGUGUGCAGAAUGCUAUGGUGACUAAAGACAAGAAACCCUUCACCUACACACCGGGCGGCAUUGAUCUCUCACAAAUCAAAUCGGAGCGCAUGGCCAAGCGUUUGGCGCGCAACGCCCAAGCCGAGGGCGCGACGGGUGCAUCACAGCUGAACAGACCGACACAGCCGCAAUCGCCGGGUGGCUGCAAUGCUGCCUCUCAAAUUGGUGCCGCCGGCAUGGGUAUGCCCUUCCAGGUGCUGCCACCGCCACCACCACCAGCGCCAAAUACAGCAGCGGGUAAGAAAUUUAAUGGCACAUCGGCACCGCCACCUCCACCACCACCUAGCUCCUCCUCCACAUUAGCACCACCACACAAUGGCGGUGGACCGGGCAGUGCGCCUGGUUCGCCUAACGCGCAACGCAAGUCGCCCACACCGCAACGCUUCGAACCGCCACCAAUGGGAUUCCGACCAGAAAUCAAAAUUCCGCCAAAUCCAAUGGCGGCCUUGCGCAAAGUACCACCGCCGGUGGAGAAGAAUACCUUCUGGAAGGAUGAAUAUGUGCGCGAACGCUCCAAGAGUCCCAUGGUGGGUGAAAAUGACAGAGCUAGCUCACCGAAUAACGGCGGUUAUGGUGAGCGUGCUCAAGUUAUUUUGAACAACAACAACAGCAACAACGAUGUCAACGAACAUGUCGAUGGUUACAAGAAACCAGUAACGACUACCCAACAACCUGAACUGAACUGCAGCAACAACUCCACUCAACCACAGCAGUACACACCAACUCCGCCCACGUACUCCCCACAAUCGUAUCAACCACUGCAACAGCAGCAGCCUCAAUACGCCAACAAUGCAACACCACCAUUGUCGGCCUCAACUCCACCACAACAACAGCAACAACAAUCGCCAAGAAAUGAGUUCCGCAGUGUCGCCCCACCGCAAUCGCCUAUCACAAAUGUCUACACACGGCAAACGGAUAGCCCACGCGCUGAUGCCGGCACUCCAACACAGCGCGCCACUGAAAGUCCCUUCAGAUAUGGUGGUCAGCAGCAGCAGCAGCAGCAGCCACAACAACGUGCUGCACCAGCUGUAUCACCAUUGGCUCAACAGCCACAACAACAAUCGCCAAAGCCGUACGCGCCGUCACCAACAGCAAUACAAUCAACAUCAACCAACAAUUCUCCCAACUCACAGCCAUCAGCACAAACUGUGCCUUGGCGCAAUCAACGUACUCCGACGCAACAACAACAACAACAGCAGCAGCAGCCGCAAUCGACAGCAAUAUAUAACAAUGUGUCGCCACAGCAGCAGCAGCAACAACUCACUCAACAAGCUCCAGCAGCAUAUCAGGGUCCAAAGCCGACCAAUGUCGGCUCCCUCUACAUCGCACCAUUGGCGCCACCAACUGAACCGCAAGCACCGAGUGUUGUGCGUCAAUUUCAGCAGCAACAGCAACAACGUGAAUCACCAAUACGUCAAAUACCACAACAACAACAGCAACAACAAUCGCAGCCAAUGCGCUCAACCGUGCCUUGGUUGAGCAGCAAACCCAAAGCGAAUGAGCAACCCGAAUGGGCGCGUCCUGAAGAGAAUGGCAAUGUGGUGCCAUCGUCGUUGCAUCGCAUGAAGUCGCCACCACCACCAGCAAUGACAGCACAACAGUCACAAGUGCAACAGCAACAGCAACUAGCACAACAACAACAGCAACAGCAGCAGCAGCAGCAGCAGCAGCAACAACAAUUGUACUAUCAACAGCAGCAACAACAACAAAAACCACAAACGCAACACUAUGGCUAUCAGCCCGAGCAGGGUAAUGGCUUUGCCGCAGCAACGCCAGCGAAUUUCGGUAGUCAAGGUGUUGGAAGCACUGGAUUGCGUUUGCAAAUCAAUGCCAACAAUGCCAGUAGUGCGCCAAAUCAACAAACUGGCCCAAGGGAACGCAUUAUACCCAUACAAUUGGAGCAGACACCGACCAAUACGCCACAACAACAACCGAAAUUCAAUGUCAGCUAUGGUGGCGUUAACAAUGCACCGAAUAACUUUGUGGUUCGUUCGCCAAAUCAGUUCGUUGAUCAGGGCUACAACAAUUAUCCAACAGCGACUGGCACACAGCAGCCCGCGUCGGCUGCUGCUGUCAAUGCGCAGCGCGUAAUGUCACCAACACAGCAAUUAAAUGCACCACGCAUUGUACAACAACAACAGCAAUAUACAAAUAAUAAUGCUGGUAGCGCCGGCAACCGCUCACGCAUCAUACCCAUCACCAUGGAGGGUGGUGCUGGCAGUGAGGGCACACGCGGCCCGAUUUCACCAUCGCCGAUCAUUUUGCAAAACAACUCGCCCACUUCUUCUAGCGAUCCACGCUCGUCACCCAUACAAUCGAAAUCCUUUAGAAUUUUGCAAAAAAUCACUGAUACUAUUGACGACAGUAGAGGGGAUGAUAAGAAAGUGGAAAACAAUACGGAUGCAGAGCCCCAAUUGCAGCGCCCACAAUAUGCGAGACAAAUGAGCGCCCAACAGGCGCGCCAACAACCGAAUGUGGAACAAAUGAGACGCAUGCAAAUCACACAAGAUUCGCAACAGCAGCAGCAGCAGCAACAACAACAACCGUCACAAUCGCCACAGACAUGGAAUCAAGGUAAUGCUUCGAAAAGCACUCUACCACGCACCAUUUACAACAACUUCAAUGACAUGCCACAACCAUAUGUCCAUCCCAGUGAACAACAAGUACCCGAACCGAAAAAAUAUACCGGUAGCGCAAUACCAAGUCGAUCAUUUAAGAUUUUGCAAGCGAUGACAACACCGGAAAACGCUGCCGAGUUGGCAGCCUCAGAUUGUGUUGAAUCGAACGAAAAUCCUUUGCAAGCUGAUGAAAAUCAAAGCAAACAAAUUGAUAAUCAAAAUUUUACAGCAAAUAAUAUGAAUGAAAAUAAUGAAGACACUUUCGAAAUUACCAACACACCUACCACACAUCACCCGACCAGCACCACAUCAUCCUCAUCCUCCAUUUCAUCGCUUAGUUCUGAGUCCUACCCUCAUUACAUGCCCAAACAUGCUUAUCCGCCCUAUGGCUAUCCAUAUCCCUAUCCCUGGUAUCCACCACCAUCACACAUGCCAACCACUAAUGGCGAAGCUUACCCGCCAUGGCCAUAUGGCUACAAUAUGCCACCACCGCCCACUAACAGUGACCUCCCUGGUGGUAAUGCCGCUUAUCCCACCCAUCCACCACAUCCAUAUCCCUAUUACUAUCCUUACUAUCCACCACCGCCACACUCUGUCCCUCAUAUGCAACCUACACACCCCGCCCAAAACACAAAUGAAUUCGAUUCGCAAAAUGCUUAUCAUCACCACUACGAUGCAAAUGCAUCCGCCGCCGCGUCCACGUAUCCUGCUUACGUGCCGCCGCCAUAUCCCUAUCCCUACCCGGUUGCACCCAGCUAUAGUCCGAGCCCAGCAUCCAGCCGUGACAGCAGCGUAUUGCCCGACAUCAUUGUCACGCCCAGCACCGAUGAUAUGCCCUCUCAGGUUAUAUUACAGCACCACAUUAAAGUUGAGAAACGUGAUGUGCCAAAACGGAAUGAUGCCGUGGAAAUCGAAGAGGUCGCAACUAGCGGCAAUGCGCUCAAAGCGAAAGCCAUGCGUCGCGAAGAACGCGAGGGUUCUGUAGUCGAUAUAUUGACACAACGUCUGGAAGACAUGUCUAAAGUGGUCGAGCAAAACCUGAAUAUGAGCAAGGAUGUGGAGAAGAACUAUGCAGGCGAGCGUGAUAAGGAGUUUGGCGAGAAGUCACCAACGGAUAAUGCUUCCCCUGUGCCUGCACAAAUUGUCACUCUAGCUUCGGAAACGGAAGUGAGUUCAGACUAUGACAGCAGUAGCAGCGACGAUGAAGAGGACUCUGAUGUGACGCCUAAAUGUGUUGAGCCUAAUGGGCUACAAGCCAUAAAAUCUGUAAGCAAUAUACAGAUCUAUAAGCAUCGUAAAUCUCACACAAUUGAAGCAGACGAUGAAGAUGACGUCACCACAGCUGAUGGCGAAAGCGAUGUAUUCGAUGAGGAAGACCAGGAUGAUGAAGAUGCGGUCGAGGAGAUUGAGUUGGAUGAAUGCAUUGAGGACAACGACGACAUGGAUUAUGAUAAUUUAAGUGUUAUCUACGAAGAGGAGAGCGAGCUGGAACGCAGCAGUGAGAAGCCGAAUACGAUUAUUUUUCGUGAAGGCUCUAGUGUUAGCGACGCUACAACUGUCGAUCGAGAAGAUGCAGUUGAGCAGCAGAUUGAAGAAAACGACAAUAAUGAUGAAACGGAAGAGGACUCCACCUCGGUUACGGUGCGUCUGCCGCUAAAGUUCUCAUUCAAUGAUGAGAAUGUAGCCACUGUGGAGGUGGGCAAGUCGCAAAUCGAGGAGAAACGGCAUAGUAUCUCCUCAGAGGGCAGACGUAGCUCGUUUAUUGUCGCAAAUCCGAAACUCGACUCUGACGAGGAAGCGCAAGAGUACGAUGAUGAUUGCGAGGUGAGCGUCACUAUCAGCUUGAGUGGCUCCUCACGUUCCGGCUCAGUAGAACGUAUACCGGAGAAACGCCGCACCUCAGCGGCAUAUCCCAUCGAAGAGUUGCCAACACCGGAACCCAAAGCUGAUCCUAUUGGAUCUAGCAGCGAAGAUGUCUCAGUCUCAUUUUCAUUGAAUAUGCGCAAUAAAUUUAUGGGUGAGACAAUUGACAACAAUUUGACCAACAAUAUCGCAGACAUUAAAAACGAACGCGCUAAAAUUGACAAAAUGGAAGAGGUAAAAGAAACCGAUAUCAGCAAGAAGAAAGUGGCAGAGGCUAAGGAAAGCGUGGCGCAAGUAGUGGCGUCCGAUGACUUAGAUUUCUUUGCUACGUUGCGUGCAACCAAACUACAAGCCCAGAAAAUGAUGGAGCAAUCGGCAAGCUAUUGGGGGAAAUCAACGGAGAAGCAGCAGCCAACAACGGAAACCGUAAACCAGGAAGAAUCUUUCGCCACUAAGGUUGAAGAAGAGGCAGAAGUGGAGAUGGAGGACAUUUGGGCCGGAAAUGAAGACGACCUACCAAAGCCGGUACCAAAAUUAAAACUACCAGCCGCGCUAGCUGACGCCAAAGAAAACUUUUGGGCAACAUUUGCGGCGGCUACUCGGAAGACACAUGAACAAAUUGAGGAAGCUGAGGCGGAAGAAGCGAAGGUGAAAACUGCUGGAACCGAAGUCAAAAAUGUGCCUGAGGCCAAAACCAAAAAGGCAGCUGAAGCUGAGGCCGAAGCUGAGAAUGAUAAAGAAGAAGUUGACUUCUGGGCUGAGAUAGAAAAAUCGAAGGAAAAUAAAACGACUACUACAGAAAAGAAGGUUAAGACAAGCGAACUCUUACGCGAGGAUAUACAUGAGGUCCAUUAUCAACCAAAAAUAAUGACGUCGCAAGCCGAAAUAUUGCCGACAGUGCUACAAGCUGAUGUCUACUCUCCGGCCGAAGAAGAACUGGAAGAUGAUGAAACAAGUGAAAGCGUUGAGGACGACUCUGAGGAAGAAGUAGAAGAAUUUACUGGCCAAAAAGCGGAAGAAUCGGAGGAGGAAGAAGACUUUUGGGCAUCUGUUGAAAAGGCUAAAACUUCAAUAGCCACCACAAAAUCUGUCAAACCAAUCGCUACGGUAGAAGUACAUUCAACAGAAGCAGUUGCAGAUGAUAACGAUUAUUGGGCUAAUAUCGGGAAGAGUAAAGAAAGUACACAGGAAAUUAAAAACACUUUCGACCCUACACUCUAUCCCGAGGAGCCUCGCGAAGUUGAUACAGACGAAGAGAUCGAUUUCUGGGCAGAAAUCGAGGCUAAAAACCGAAACACAGAUGACGUGAACUUUUACAAAGCUGCAUCGUUCUGGGCUAGCCGCGAGCGCAAGAAUUCAGUUGAUGAGACACCCUACACGAAGGUGGUACCUAAACCCUUCACAGCCAACUUGCCUGAGGAGCCAACUGUGGAUGUGGGCCUUUGGGCAGCACUCGAAGCUGCAAAGGGUGUAGAGCCCGAGUACAUUGAUCCAAUUGUAGAGGAAGAGAAGACUUUAGCUUCGCAGUUCAAUAAACUACCUCAUGACGAGGAAGUGAUUUCAGAUAAUGAAGAAGAUGUCCAUGCGAGCACGAGUGAUAUUUGGGAGAUAGCUUCUUUGCAUGAGCCAGCUGUAGUAAACGUUUGGGAACCGCCAAUAGAGAUCAAAGAGUUCAAUAAACCCUACGAAGCCUUAGAGCAAUGGAUACACGAUAACGAUGGGGAUGAAAAUGUUCUCGAAGAGAAGAAAGAGAGCCCGCGGAGCGACGCGGCGGGCGAAGGAGAUGAGGCCAAUAUAAAGCGCAAUAAUUACCGCAAGGCAAUGGCUUUCUUCACCACCUCCAUUGACGAGCAGAAGGAAGCAAGCGCUGAGCGGCAAAUAAAAAGAGGACGUACGUCUAAUAGAAACUCGUUGAUCGAGCGCGAAAAUGUGAAUUUGAGUGAGCAAGAGAGCAUUGAGGGCGCUGUUAAUAAUUACUACACAACAACAGUUACACAGAGUGCAAUAAGAGGUAAGAGCGUUGGGCCCGAAAGCGUUUGCAAAGCACCAAGCUUACAAACCAAAGUAAGAGGUCGCAGUGUUGGGGUCGAAAUGCCUCCUAACACAGUAUGCGUUGAUACAACUGCGCCGGUUGGAGAAAUCACUGAAGUUGGCGCCGACCGCAGCGCCACACCAACCAACUACAGGAAGCAGGAAUUACCUGCAUUGUACGUUGAACCGAUUGUGGGAAAGAAACUUCUGCCCAAUGGCUUACCCGACUUAGGACUCCAGAAAGAGGAGUCGAAAAUCUCAGUGCGCGAUAGGAUUUCUGCUUUUGAAACAGGUGAUGUCGAGUCACCAACAAAAUCGAAAAAUUCCGAUAGUAAAAUUCACUCACUCUCUGUCGAGAGUUAUACACGCAAAGGCUCACUUUCACGUAACAGUUCACAGCGCUCUGAAUCCGAAAUGGAAGAAGAUGACUCCGGUGUUACCGACAUGAACAAACCACUUUCAGAAACCGACACAGAGUCGGAAAGCUUCCCCGAGUUGCGUAAAAUGAGCAGCUACCAGCGUGCCGCCACACAUUCCAGACUCUUCAAAUUGCUGCAGGACGAGAACGACCCACUCGAUGAUGACAAGCUCAGCAAAGAGCUCGCCGAUGAGUUCCAAUUCAAGCCCAGCCGACGUAAGAUUGUACACAAUGUGUCCAUCACACGUCGACAAAACCCAAACGCGCUCUCCGACGCUGAAACCAUGUCGCAACGACGUGAACGUCUGUCGUUGCCUUUGCGUAAGAACACAAGCAUAGACGCCGACAAUCCAUCGACGCCCAACAGUCCCGCCUCACCUAUCAUGGGUCAGCCGUCCAGCAGUCGCGCCGUAAGCGACAAGCUAGUCAAUGAAUUGGUACAGAGUUUGCUGUUGAAGCGCGACAGCAGUCAUUUGCGUCAAAUGCCUAUGGAGAAGCUGCAGGCAGCUGCCAAGCGAGUGCUAGAAGAAGAGCUCGAUUCGCUGGAAAAUACAUCGGUGGAGACCACACCGGCGCCCACGCCAAGCGACGAGCUGAAAGCGGACAAAAGCUAUGCCGACUACUAUGAUACAUGGUCGAAAGCGAAUGGCAAGCCCGAUUCGUUGCCACCACCGAAAGCGUAUCGCGCUUUGCAAGAUACGUCGCGACGCAGUCCCUGGUCGGUGCGUUGUCCACGCGUACUCAGUUCGAAAACGAUAAACCGCGAUUUGGCGCGUGUAACCGAAUCGCCUGAGAUCUUUACAUCAAAUAGCAAAAGUCCGGAUUGCGUGUCGCAGUCACGCGAGGGCUCAGUGACGCGUUGGCGCAAAGUCUAGCAACGGGCAGGGUGAGGGGUUGGCAGCACGUAAGGAUGAGUGACGCCGAAAAUGGGGGAGAACUAAAUAUUUAAAAUAGGAAUUAAGGGCUUAACUUUAAGAAAACGUAACGGUGAUGCAAAUUAAAAUUUUGAAAUCCAAAUUAUGAAAAGAUAAAAAAAAUCCUGCGGUGCAUGGCACCAAAAACCAAACCAUAAAUGUGGUUUGUCGCGACAGCCGAGCUGUAGGCGACAAACAGCCGCAUUAUCGAAUGGAAGAAAUUUCAGAGAACUUUUUUAACUGGGUGGGUAGCACCAACUCGCACAGGUCAACAACCCAACACUGCCUUUUUGUACUCAGUUAAUAAAAUUUAAUCUAAAAUUACAUAGAAAAGUGAAAGUAUGAGAUGCUGUUAAUAUUUUGUAAAUACUAUAAAUAAUCUUAAAUUCAAAGCAUACAAUUUUUGAUUCAUUUGAUUAAAAACAUUUUUUUAUUUUUGUGAGAAAAAGCGUACGCAGCUCCUGGCAGAUUUUGAAUUUUGACGAAUCAUUCAUUUUCUAUAAAUAACCCAACAACACGCAAAUAAAUCAUGCACAUAAAAGAAAACUCAUUUCUGCUAAACAAUCACAAUCGUGUAAAAAAUAAGCAUAAAUAAAGGAAAACCAACAUAAAAAUUUUAAAAUACGCAAAAUUUCGAAAAAAAAAAUCUGUUUGAAAAGCACAGUCAUUACGCCGAAAGUUAUACAAAGAAAAAUCGUUCAUUCGUUCGUUCGUUCGUUCGUUACCUCAGUGCAUACAUACAUACAUACAUACA